AUGCGAAGAACCACGAACAAUAGAACUACGGAUUUUGUGACGCCUCAGAGGCAGCAUAUGAUGCUGCCUAUUCAUCCAAAGUAUACAUCGAUCAGUAAACCCACGCAUUUGGAAGUAGUCAGCGCUUUAACCACGGCGUUUCUCAAUGCGUUGAAACGAUUCAUGGCCAGAGGUGGUCGAUGCGUGAAUUUGUUCUCAGACACAAAUUUCACAGGCGCAAACAAUGAACUGCAAUCGUUUUUCCGCAUGGUGCAAGGAAAUCGCGAGAGCGUUAAACGUUUUUUGGCAGAUCAGUCAGUGCAGUGGCACUUCAUACCGGCAAGGUCCCCGUACAUGAGUGGAUUCUGGAAAGGGGCUGUGAGGUCCGCCAACAUUCACUUCAAAAGAGUUUUCGGUAACAAUAUACUCACCUUCGAAGAACUCAUUACAGCGUUCGCACAAAUCAAAGCCAUUUUAAAUUCACGCUCGCUAUGCCCGGUUUCUAAUGAUCCUGACAAUUAUGAGAUGCUCACUCCCGAACAUUUUCUCAUCGGGGAACCUCUAAACUCUUUCCCAGAGCCCAACCUUAUUGAGAUACUAUCGAACCGACUAAUAAGAUUCUAA